AUGCAUACACGCGUCACCUUGGUGGCUUUUGCUGCCCUUUUCACUAUCGCCUCCGGUACUGGCGACGAGUUUGAUUCGACGAACUACGACGCCAAGGACAUCAUUACUAGAGACGUCGCCGUGAUUGGAGGUGGCUCAUCUGGUACCUAUGGGGCUGUCAAUCUUCAUGUGAUGGGCAAAAGCGUCAUUCUCAUCGAAAAGGAAGACGAACUUGGAGGCCACGUCAACACAUACACGGAUCCAAGUACUGGGGAGACAACCAACUACGGGGUUCAGACAUUCUGGAACACAACAACCACAUGGAACUACUUCAAAUUGCUUGGCAUCUCCGGUGAAACUUAUUCGAUUCCCUCGCUUACCAGCGCAUUCUACGACUUUGCUACAGGGCAGCCGGUGGCAGUCAGAUUAAGCACCAAUUUCACCUCAUAUGCCUCCCAGCUUUAUAAUUAUCCCUACCUUGAGUACGGUUGGGAUCUACCGAGUCCUGUACCUGAUGAUCUUGUCUUGCCAUUCGCCGAGUUUGUCACGAAAUAUGACAUUCCCAGCGCCUAUACCAUUUAUUUUUAUAGCCAAGGCCUUACAAGCUUCCUACAGCAAAUAACCAUCAAUGUCUUCAAGAUGUUUGACUCUACUCUCCUGGCCGGGUUAGCAGGUGGCGAUGUCGUUCCGCCAAACAAUAACAACAAGAUCAUAUUUGAGAAAGCCUCCGCCAUCCUAGGAUCUUCAAAUAUCCUUCUCUCUUCGAAGAUUAUCGCUGCUAAGCGACCGCUGAAAGGUUCCGAAGUGCUUCUCGUCGCCAAGACGCCGUUGGGAAACAAGCUCAUCAAGGCUGCCAAGCUUCUUAUCAGUAUCCCGCCGUUACUGGAUUAUAUGCAGCCCUACGAUCUCAGCGAAGCAGAGAUAUCGCUCUUUUCCCAGUGGACUUACAGCAGUUACUAUACUAUGCUGGUCAACCAAACUGGUCUUCCAUCUGGGUAUCGGUUCAUGAACGCCAAUUCAAGCAGCUCGACUUGGAAUAUUCCUGAAUUACCUGCUCCGUAUCAGAUUACCGAAUCCAAUAUUUCUGGACUGUUUUACGUCUGGUAUGGUAGCCCAACACCUCUCACUCAAAGUGAGAUCGAAUCCGAUGUGAAGGCUGUGAUUGGGAGACUGCAGGCGGCAGUAAGCAAUUCUACUUCUUGUCCAUCGCCUUUGUUUGUGGAGUUUCGUAGUCACACUCCGUUUAAGCUGGAAGUUUCUAAGGAGGCCCUGAAGGGCCGCUUUUAUGAUCACUUGAAGAGUCUACAGGGGCACAGAAAUACCUGGUAUACUGGUGCUGCAUUCAUUUCUCAGGCUUCUGGUGUUCUUUGGAACUAUACGCAUUCUUUGUUGCCAGAUAUCGUGGCGGAAUGA